AUGUCAUCAAACUUCACCAUCCUCUCCGACAAGGGCCGUCUUUACGCCAUCGUGUGCGGAAUCUUGGUCGCCUACGUCGUCAUCUACACCGUCUACCUGGUGUGGUGCUUUCAGCGCUUCAAUGCCCGUGCCGAGCUGCAAGAGGCCGAGGAGGAGGAACACAGAAUGUAUGUCGAGAGGGAGGGCAGAACGAUGUUUGAGGCGAUGAUGAAGGAGCUGGAAGAGGCGGAGGCGAGGAAGAGGGAGAUGUUCGCAGACUUCGAUAGCGGAGACGAGGCCGAGUGGUCGACAGACUCUGAGGUGGGAUACAAAGACGAGUGA